AAAUUCAAAUUGUUCUCUCAAAGGUUCACCCAUGAAACGCUGGGCCAUGGCAUGGUCAGCAGCAUCCUGGAGUGGAACAGCCUAAAGAUCGGUGUCAUGGGUCUGGUAGAGGAGGACUGGCUGGAUACCCUGGGCACUGUGGACAAGAACAACAUCCACUACACAGACUAUGUGGAGACAGCUGAUCACCUUUCUGCUGAGCUGAGGGACAAAGGGGCUGACCUGGUCAUCGCAGUCACACACAUGAGGUGGCGUAAUGACAUCAGGCUAGCAUCCGAGUCCAACGGUGUGGAUCUCAUCCUGGGAGGACAUGACCAUGAGUACGGGGUUCUGGAGGUCAAUGGGAUUCUGAUCGUAAAGAGUGGCUCAGAGUUCAGGUACCUGUCAAAGAUUGACGUUGUGAAGGACCAGGAUGGGACGUUCAAGUACACCUGUGAAAAGAGAGCUACAAUGAGAGACCUUGAGGAAGAUGCGGAAAUCAAACAGAUUGUGAAAGGAUACACUGAUAAUAUGCAGCAUAUGCUUGGAGAGGUCCUGUGCCACACAGACGUGACCUUGGAUGGACGCUGCGCCACCGUGAGACGAGCAGAGUGCAACCUGGGUAAUCUGAUCACCAACGCCAUGCUGGAGGCCACUCAUGCGGAAGCGGCGAUUUUAAACUCAGGUACUCUGCGAUCUGACCGCUUGCACCCGGCUGGUCCCCUGACCAUGCAUGACCUGCUGCAGAUCCUGCCACUAAAGGACCCAGUGCUGGUGGUGGAGGCCACUGGGCAGCAGCUCUACGAAGGCCUGGAGAAUGGGGUCAGCAUCUACCCUGAUUUAGAUGGAAGAUUUCCCCAGGUUUCAGGGAUUCAGUUUGGCUUUAAUCCCAAUGGAAAACCUGGACACAGAGUCAUCGCUAAGACAGUGAAGGUUCAAGGCAAGAGUCUAGAUAGAGACAGAAAAUAUGCGGUGGCCAUGAAAGAAUUCUUAACUAAGGGCAAAGAUGGCUACACUAUGUUCAGUAGCUGUCCUCAUAGGCACGACAUAGAGAAUGCUCAGAUCCUGUCGACCAUCCUCAUCAACCACUUUGAGUCUGGCCAGAUCGUCAGAGGCACGAAGAGGUGCAUGUCUGGCCACAGGAUGGGCCUCAUCAAGGUGUCCAGCAGCCCCUCUGUGUCUGCCAUUGAAAGUACCAAGAGUGAGAAUCUGGAGGGAGAGGAGGUGGGAGUGGCUGUGGUACCCGGAGUGGAGGGCAGGAUAUUCCAUGUCUACCCUGAGGGCCAAUCAGAAACAGAAGGCUAACAGUGGUAGGGCUGUUCCUCAUCAGAGAAUUUCACAGAGCAACUCAGCCAUGACUCCAUAGUCACAGUGUAAGCCAGGGGAAAUUACAUCAAGUUUCACAUCUCUCAUCUGCCUCUUGCUUUUUAUCAGCCUUAUAAACAGGCAGACUGUCAAUGAACGCUCAGACAGCAACAUGAGAUGAGGUAAUCCAUUACUUGUAUUACUGUUGAAGCAAUCCAUUACUUGUAGUACUGUUGAAGUAAUCCAUUACUUGUAGUACUGUUGAAGUUAUCCAUUACUUGUAUAACUGUUGAAGUAAUCCAUUACUUGUAGUACUGUUGAAGCAAUCCAUUACUUGUAGUACUGUUGAAGUAAUCCAUUACUUGUAGUACUGUUGAAGUAAUCCAUUACUUGUAGUACUGUUGAAGCAAUCCUUUACUUGUAGUACUGUUGAAGCAAUCCAUUACUUGUAGUACUGUUGAAGUAAUCCAUUACUUGUAGUACUGUUGAAGCAAUCCUUUACUUGUAGUACUGUUGAAGCAAUCCAUUACUUGUAGUACUGUUGAAGUAAUCCAUUACUUGUAGUACUGUUGAAGUAAUCCAUUACUUGUAGUACUGUUGAAGCAAUCCUUUACUUGUAGUACUGUUGAAGCAAUCCAUUACUUGUAGUACUGUUGAAGCAAUCCAGCAGCAAGCAGUCCUUGAAGUUGAAAAUAUUUUUUUUUGACAUGACUCAAAAUUAUACCACAUUUUUCCCCUUGUCAAUACAGUUGAAUAUUGACAACUAAUAUAUUACAGAAAAUGUAUUUAUUUUGAAUGAUCAUUUUGUGGAGGCAUGGUGGCAAUGUAUAAGGAUUUGAACGGAGAAGGAGGAGCAAUAGUGUACAUGUGUUCAUGACAACAUUAUAGUAAAAAGGAAAUGAUUUGAAGAAAAC